AUGAUUCUCCUUCCAAUCGUGUUGUUAGGCCUUGCUACCAAGGUCUACUCCCAUGGAUUUGUCCAGGAAGUCGUACUGGGCGAGACGAGCUAUCCUGGGUAUCACCCUUAUGUCGAUCCAUACCCGGGAUCAGUUGAGUUCUUCUUCGUCGAUACGCCUAGCUCACGCUUUCUCAUGGAGACUGCUAUAGGUCCGGUUGAACAGCUUGACUGGAUAGACGUCCAGUGCAACGGCGAAUCGGCGACGGGCUACUACACUGAACCCGCUCCUCUGCUCGGCAAGAUUGCAGCAGGCGAUAUCAUCAAGUUCAACUGGAUAAGCUACGGGGGCGCCAAGGACAAUCACCACGGCCCAAUGCUCACCUAUAUGGCGAAAGUACCAGAAGGACGCGACGUCCGGGAAUGGAGUCCCGACACAGAGAAAGUUUGGUUCAAGAUCGACCAUAGUGGCAAGGAUUCCGAAGGCAAAUGGGCCGCGACAGAUCGACUGAAUGAAGCCAAUGGCACAUAUACCGCUCGAAUUCCACCCAACCUUCAACCCGGCCAGUAUCUCAUUCGACACGAGUGGAUUGCAUUGCAUCUUGCACACUCGUAUCCUGGGGCACAGAUAUACCCGAUGUGUGUGCAAGUCGAGGUCACUGGAAAUGGGACAGCAUUCCCAACUGAGUUCGUGGCAUUCCCUGGAGAGUAUACUGCCGAAACGCCAGGCAAGUCCUGA